CCCUGUGCCUGGCGUCCUUGUGGUGCAACUUGUCAGGAUUCAUUUCCCUUUCCAUGGUCUCUCAAGAAAUUCAGACUCUCCUCAAGUCUACGAGCUUGGAUUAUCCAAAGCAAGAGGAAGUUAACUAUCUGGAUUCCAAGUUUCAUAGUGUGGAGGAUCUGGUAGGACUCCGGGGAGAACUUUCGGAGGCUAAGCGUUUGCACUCUGAGCUGACUUCCAAGCUUAGCUCUUCACAAGCUAGGUUCAAUGAACUGGUCGUCAACACGCGGGUUGCCGCAGAGUCUUACAUGCACACCGCACAAGGGCUAUCACUGAUAAGACACUCGCUUGCUGACGAGCUUAGUGAAUUAUUACAGCGUUUGGCAUCGGUUUCAUCCUAUGGACUGGCUCCCACCGUACUUGAAGAUGUUGAAGCUUUACAUUGGAAUUUGAAAGAGCUAGAAAGUAUCCGAGGUUAUGUCAGGCUUAUCGAACAUGCAUUAAGCUUGAGUGAAGCUACUAUCAACCAUCUCCGUGACAAGACCGCAUCUCAGGAUUCCAUAAAUGUGGCCACUGUUCCUCUAUACCAAGAUCUUCAAGCAUUUGUCUCAAGGGUUUCGGCCACUUGCUCUACUUCAGAGGAUGGAGACCAGAUGUUACAUCUCAUAUCAUUCUUAUCUCGUCUCCUUGAAACAACGUGGCUCGAUAUGAAACAAGUUCUGGCGUCGUGUGUUUCUGUCCCAUUUCGUCGCAAUGCGCUCCUGAUCACCAUUUCAGUCCACUCUUGGAAGCCGCAGAAGAGCUCAAAUGGCCUACACCCGUAAAUUAUGACAUGUUUACGGCCGACGUCAGGGUCAAGUUUGAAAGGUCGUUUCUUCGUCUUCUUCAAUUGCAAAGAAUUGGUGAACAAUUUGAAAUACCACAGGGACAAACCUCGGGCAUUAAAGGCGGUCUAUAUCCGUUGGGAGUGCUGGUACAACCGAUAUCCCUACGGUUCAAAUAUCAUUUUGAGGACGACCGACAAACAAACCGACCAGAUAAACCAGAAUGGUAUUUUACACAUAUCCUGAAUGUGAUACACGAUCAUCGAUCAUUUAUGGAGGGCACCGUCCAAGCACUAGUCUCGGCGUCAGGAUACACUGCUCUGAAUGCUUGGCACGAGUUCACCGUCUUGGUGCUUCCUCUACUGUCGAGAAAACUUAGGCGGACCGUACCACUGUUACUGCCUCACACUUCACUGUUUGCACAUACAAUAUAUCAAACGCUCUCUUUUGACGCGUCUUUAAUCGAACUUGGGUUCGAUGUCACAAAGACUUCCGUAGCAGGGGAUGAUUCUAAAUGGCCUGGUCUCAGCGAGGUUAUUCUCGGGCAGAAGGAAUGGUUCGAUCUGUGGAUCGAUGGGGAGAAAAGAUUCGCCGAGGCUCAGUACAAUGCAAUCAUCGGUGCCUCAGACGCGUGGCAGAUAGCAGAUGAUGACGUGGGCGUGGACUACGAUGUUAAAACUACCAAUUCCGCAAGGCGAAUAAAGGCUUUGACGGAACAAAUCACAGAACGCUACUCCGCUCUUCCAAGUUUCUCUCACCGCACCCGAUUCCUCGUUCAAGUUCAGCUACCAAUCCUUGAAUCGUAUCACGGUCGAAUAUCAACCUCACUUGAUGCUUUUGAAACCUUAUCCUCUGCCCUAAUUCGAGCUGUUCCUGGCGCUCUCGGCGUGUCUUUGGGCAUCAAGGAUGAUAAGAGCAUCAACGUAGAUACACAACGUCUCACGACUGGAAUUGACGGCGUACAGAGGCUCUGUAAAGCACUCCUCAGUGCUAUGUAUAUAGCCACUGCUUUGAAAGCAUGGGGGGAGGAGCUGUCUUUCUUGGAACUUUGGACCGAGAUCAAUCACCGAGCUGGAUUACGAGCUCAAGCGCAGGCCAAUUCCGCACUGCCCAACCCGUCCACCGAAAAUAACCCAGAGACCAUCUUCGAGGAGUUAAUUGUGUCAUAUCACAAACUGUCCCAACGCACUGAGGACAUUAUUGUGCAACAAAUUAGUUCUGAGGUCGAAGCUGCCCUCAAGGUUCACUUCAACGCUAUUUCCUCUAGCCCUAAUUCAAACACAUCGACGUCUGCUGAGGAAGUGGCACUAUCCCAGACUUUACUAGGACCUCUGGCUCUACUUUCUGCCCACCUCUCGUAUGUGAGGGCAACACUCCCCCGGUUAAAUAUGACUACCUUAUAUCGGCGAAUCGCAUCCAGGCUGGCCGAGCAUAUCUUACAGCGUCAAAUACUUUAUCGAGGACAUAUAUCUUCAUCGGAAGGAAAAGCUGCCCUUGCAGAGAGUGAGCUCUGGGUGGAGACUUGCCAAACCGGUCUCGCUGGUUCGUUGGGUGGUGGCCGAAAACGGGUGGAAACCCCCUGGGCUAGACUAGUCCAGGCUGGUAGAAUAGUUGGAGCCGAUGAGGAGACGACCUCACAAAUCACUCAUGCAACAUUCAGUACUUUGAGCCAAAAGGAGUGGGAGGAACAGAUGAUCAGCAUGAUAGGUUUUCAGGAAUUGGACAGAGAGGAGGUGGGAAGGCUACUGAGAAGACAAGAGUAGUUCAUUUAUCGAUGUCUUGACUCACGCCGUACUUAUAUCGUACAAGUUUCAUCGUAUUUACAUCGCCCCCACUUCAAUGAAUAAGGACAAAAGGGAAAAAAAAACAUACUGCAAAUACAU